AUGGGGUCGACUCGUCGGUGUCGGACCCUGCUGUCUCUCGGUCUGAAUUUCUUGGCCCUGUUUUUCUCCGUCACGGCGUUCAUCACCACGUACUGGUGCGUGGGCACCCAGAGGGUCCCCAAACCCAAGUGCAGCAAGCUGCGCACGCACCAGUGCAUAGACUACGGCGUGAACGAGACCGACCCCAACAAGGUGGUCUACAGCUGGGAGACCGGGGACGACAGGUUCCUGUUCCGCCAGUUCCACACCGGGAUCUGGAUUUCAUGCGAGGAGAACAUCCACGAUGAAAGUGAGAGAUGCCGAAGCUUCAUCGAUUUGGCUCCUGCAUCAGAGAAAGGUAUGCUGUGGCUGUCGCUAGUCUCCGAGCUCUUGUACAUUUGUCUGAUGGUGGUCGGCUUCAGCCUCUUGUGUUUGGAGCUCGUCCACUCCAGCAGCGUUAUCGACGGACUCAAACUCAACGCCUUCGCUGCUAUCUUCACUGUGAUGUCAGGUCUUCUCGGCAUGGUGGCCCACGUGAUGUACACGCAGGUCUUCCAGGUCACUGUCAGCCUGGGUCCGCCUGACUGGAGGCCAUAUAACUGGGAUUACGGCUGGUCCUUCUGCCUGGCCUGGGCCUCCUUCACCUGCUGCAUGGGGGCGUCAGUCACCACCCUCAACUCCUACACAAAGACCGUCAUUGAGUUCAAGAACAAACGCAAAACCUUCCAGCAGAGCAUCCAGGAGAAGGACCCACGUGAGGCUUUUGGGUUCUUCCGGGAACAUUCUGUGCACUCUGUGUCUAAAUCUGUGGAGGUUUAUUCGAGCCAGAGCCUGAUGAGCAGCAGGAGAACUCCUGCUGCUGCCAACAAUCUGGACCUGAGGGACAUUCCAGGAUCCUUUGGGGAAGAUCAGUGCUGAACUAGACUGGACAGUAGGUGGGGCCAUUUCUGUCCAUUUCCGGUCUGUUUUCCUGAAUGUCUCAGUAGGAGCUAGACUGUCCAAAAAAGGACCACGGACAGCGGUGCUGAUCUAAUGUGAGGGUGUAGAAGACUGAAAAUCACUUAAAUCGGAAGAACUCCGUUUGAAAAAAUGUCACAACAAUUCAGACUGUUG